UAUGAUAUUCGGAAUACUUCCAACACUUCCAAUGUUGUUUAUGUUGCAGCCGAGAACAAACUGCUAUUUCUUUGCCGUGAUAAAUUCUCUAAGUUAAAAUUCAGUCCGUUGCAUAUUCGUGAAUCACAGUCGGCUGUCAUUUAAAAUGUGCUGUCUAUGCUGUUUUAACGAGCGAAUAUCAAAUUAUUAAUUGAUGCGGAAACCUUUUUUUGGAGAUAAAACUGUAGGCAUUGCAAAUGGCAUUAUCUUGCUUUCAGAUCGGUUCUUAGGGAUGCAAUGUAACAAUAUUGUGGUUAAUAAAUGAUCUCUGUGCGAAUAUUUGUGUAAAUGUAUCCAAAAUUGAACUGUUUGGGGCUUUGUGUUACAAUGUUUUAUUUAGUUAGUACUGUAAAAUGUGUAUAAAAUUAAUUGGAGGCUUUAUUUUAUAAACAUUGGCGUGAGGCUAUGCUUUAAACCCUGAGAAUUUGAUCUCGUAGUACUAUGUCUGCUAGGACCGGAAGUCAAUGCUUAGUGUGCGAUUGGUUGGUUCUGUCUUUGUCCAUGAGGCAGCUGUAUGAUCUACCCCACAUUUGAAUAUAUAGGAGAUAGGAAGGGAUCAUUUUUCAUGGGCCAUAUAUAACAGUGGAGAAGGCUGCGGUACUAUCAAAGGUUACCAGAAUGGUUCUAGUGCAUGUUGGAUAUCUGGUUCUUCCUGUUUUUGGCUCUGUAAGACAUAGAGGGGCUCACUUCAGCAGGCACCAGCACAGCCACGCUACCUCCUGCCGGAACUUCCACCUGGGCUCACAGGCGCCGAUGUCCGCCGACUUCCCCCUGCCCCACCCGGGCCCGCCCCAGCCCCAGCCGGGCGUGGCCACCUCCCACCUGGCCCCCCCGCACCAGCACGCCCCGCAGCUCCACCAGGCCCUCCCGCCCCUGCCGGGCCCCCAGUUCCAGGAGGUCCCGGGGGCCCCGUUUCUGACUCAGGCUCUACACCAGCAGUACCUCAUCCAGCAGCAGCUCCUGGAGGCUCAGCACCGGCGCAUUCUCCCCCACUCCCGGCGUGGCCAGGAGCGAGUGCCCCUCCACCCGCACCGGCUGCGCGCCGGGUACGACUACAUCCCCUCGCUGCACCUCCCGCAGCCAAUCACACAGCAGCCCCGCUACUUGGCAGAAGGCACUGAUUGGGACCUCAGCGUGGACACGAGCCUCUCUCACCAUCAGUAUCACCUCCGACAGCUCCCGCAGCACUAUCAGCAUUACUUGGCAUCUCCCAGGAUGCAUCACUUCCCUAGGAACACGUCGUCCGCGCAGGUGGUUGUCCAUGAAAUCAGAAACUACCCCUACCCUCAGCUGCACCUUCUGGCACUGCAGAGUCUCAAUCCUUCACGCCAUGCAACAGCCGUUCGGGAGAGCUACGAGGAGCUGCUUCAGCUGGAGGACAGGCUUGGCAGCGUGAAUCGAGGAGCCGUGCAGACCACCAUCGAGAGGUACACAUUCCCUCACAAGUACAAGAAGAGAAAACCAGCGGACUUGAAGAUAUCGAUGGACGAAGAGGAGUCGGACAUCGAUGAGAAAUGCACAAUAUGCCUGUCGAUGCUGGAGGACGGAGAGGACGUGAGGAGGUUACCAUGUAUGCACCUCUUCCACCAGGCCUGUGUGGACCAAUGGCUGGCCACCAGCAGGAAGUGCCCCAUCUGCCGGGUGGACAUCGAGACCCAGCUGACGCCGGACAGCUGAUGCCCCGCGGUAGCCCUGGACUUUGGUCCCGCCGUUCCUCCUCACCCCCGCCUCCUCCCGCCACCCUCCUCCUCCUCCCUGGGGCCCCUCGAGCCCUUCGCCGAAUGUCUCCUGUCUUCGACCGCUUCCAACCCCGCCACCCGGGCCGCCCCGAAGACGACCGGAGGAGAAGAAGCGACGGGCAAAAGAAAAGAGGAAAAAAAAAGAAAAGCACACUCACGGAAGAACAGCAGAGAGAUGCAGGGAAGAAGAGGGAAUAAGAGGGCUUCGUGAUGGACUGAGAGAGGAUCGGAUUCUCGGUCGCCAUCGCAAAGGGUGGGGGAUGUCGUGAAAGAGGUGGGGGCCGGUUUUCCCCCCAGAUGUGGUGGUGGUGGGGGGGUGGGGUGCAGUGCUGUGCUUCACGGUCUUUUAAUGAUAGGGGCAAUGAACAAAUACUGCACAGCAUGCUGUCCUUAGUGCUGGAUAUGUAGAAAAAAAAGCCUGUUUUAGAGAGAGAGCACUAGCCUGAUGCCGUGUUUGUGUCUGUGGUGGUACGUAUAGCCCCCUGGGUUUUCAUUUUAAGACAUUUUCAAGUGUUUGGUCUGAUCAGUGAGAGAGGUUAUUCAAAUCUAUAUGAUCAUAUAUUUUGGGAUUAUGAGAUGUUAUUCUUUCCUGGAAAAGUCUUUGUGCUUUAUCGGAAAAAAAGAGUAGAACGAGCUUGCGAUUGGUGGCAGGGGGUCACGCAUUAGUAUAACGUGGUUUACAAGGUGAUCGCUCAAUCCAAAAGCCAAAUGCCUCUCCUAUGCCAUAAAACGUAGGUCUCUCUGCUGAUUGCGCAUAGUUACCAGUGGAGGAGUGGCUAGUUUGUGGCUGUACAUGUCCUUGGUGAACGCAUGGCCAUCCAAGCUUGUACAAAUAAGUCUCUAGUUCUUGUGCCCCUCCCCUUCAUAUAGUAGCCACUUCAGAAGCUUUCCUUCAGUGUUAGCCUGGGCUGUUUCUUGAGUUUGAGAAGAAGAGGGGUUUUGUACACGCAUGUGGUAGCUGUCAGAGAAUUGUGGCUUCUUUUUACGCACUAACAAACGACAUGAGAAAUUCCACCCCAGCUGGAUGGCUAGACCUGACAUGAAGAAAUAUCUUCAUCCUGCUCUUUCACUGGCCACAGGUGGACCCCCCUUUGUAACAUUAACCUUACUGCCUAAAAAAAAUUUAAAAAAACAAGCACAUGUGAUCUUUUUUAAUGACUGUUUCAAUAUCAGCAGCCAGUGUUUGCAGAGAAUAAGCAAACGUGUUUCUCGUGUUUUUUUUCGGUGUAUUGGACCGCCCGUGUGGUUGCUAGCCUGUGUUGCCAUAACGAUGAAGACCGCGCUGUGACGGUGGCAGUAUUUUCCGUGUGACGCGCAUCGUGGUGCUUUUUCAGCCGCUGGAACGUGAGGGGGGGGGGAAAAAAGCCAUCUGUUUGAGAAAACCAAACAACAUCCCUUGUCUGUCAGACUCACUGCUAGCUAAUGUAGCUGUAGGACAUUUAUCUUCAUGUUUCCUAUCCGUCUGCCUGUUUGUCUGAAUGUCUCAAUUAAAACUGGACAUUGGACAGGUCCGUGUCCAUUUUAACUCAAUUUUAAACAAGAGCUGCAAAGCUGCUGUUCUAUUUAUUGCUUUAUUUUCCUUUUUUUGUAAUGCACUAUAAUCUUAAGUUGCCUCAAAUUGAUUUUGAUCCAGAGAGUAUUUUCCUGUAACUGCUUGUGCAAUUGCACCCAGUGGUUUAUCUUAACUGUAUAUUCAGCCCAGUGCAUUCUGGGAAAACCAGUGUGCUUUAUGGUUCUUUGUUACUGCUGCAUCGUUUUCCUCAUCCCAGAAAUAUAUAUGAGAAAGGCUAGGGCUGAUUGGGCCUCAUUCACAAUACUGAAAUUAUCCUUACCUACAAAAAAUGUGUGGUUCCUACAAAAAAACAAACAUGAGAUUCAUAACACUUGUGCAGACCUUUGUUUUUGUGCGUAUCCCAGGUGUAUGAGAUGAUGAAUGCUGGCUGUUUGUAAAUUUUAUGCGCAAUCCUGUUUAUGUGAUUUGCAUAAGGAAACACAGUUUUGCGAUCGUUUUGUGAAUGAGGCCCAUUGUCUCUUUUUACAGUAUCAAAAACCUUGUUCGCUGAGAGUUUCCUUUCAGCCUAGUGUGAAAAAAACAAACUACCAACUUCUUUUCUUCAAGGGAAAAAUUUAACUAUAUUUAAUGGACUGUAUUAUUGCAGACCAUGAAUAUUUCAUUAGGACUGUUCAAUUAUUUUAAAAAGCCAUUGCAUUAAUGCAGCAGUUCUGUGUUAAAUAGGCCAGAUAUCGGUAUACUAUCAAAAAAAGUGACAUUCUUUGUCCUUAUACUUGAAACAAGAAGUCUGGCUGGUUAGUUGAGUUGAGCUGUUCCUUUUUGGAUUGGCCAUAUCCCCAAAUUAAUUGGGAGAGUGUGUUGUCUAAACUUGCCAUCCAUUCAAAGCAGCAUUUCUAAGAUCAUUUCCCAACUCUUCAGUGACACAAAGGGUACUGUACCUGUUUUUGACAGAGCUCCUGUGGGGAGUAAUGAACAUUGACAUAGUAAGCAGAGUCUUGUGAGUUGAAAAUGCCUUAAAUAUUACACAAUCAUAACUUAUUACUAACUGUAAAUAUUUGGGCAUGAAUUUAUUUUUUUAUAGUUUUGCUAUUUUUAUCAUUUAAUUUAAUUAGCUGUAACACAAGGUAUCAGCAAAGUAUUUUUAAAAAGACCUUGCAUUGCUUAAUUGAAAUGCUUUGCAUGCAGUUUGUAUUUAAAAAAAAAAAAAUUUAAAAAGCUAAAAUAUUUUAUUUGACCUAAGCAGGGUAUGUUUAGUAGUUUAUUUAUGUGGUGCUGUUAAUAUUAGUUACAUUCCAUUAAAUGUAAUUCCUCUUAUUCCCUAUGCUGUGAUCUUGUGGACAGGCUGCAAUAGAAUGGGAACAGUUUUAGUGCGGUUUGAGUCCGAUUUUUGCACUCUUUCGUUGAACAUAAAGCAAACCAUUUGCUGGCAUGAGCUCGGUUGCUUUCUCAGCAUCUACAUCUACACGUCCUGUCCCACGUGCUUGUGUCUGUAUGCCAUUUCAUUAACACCACCUUAUGCAUUUCAUCCAUGGCUUCUGACAUUGCACCACCGGACAAGACUAACUACAAGUGCCUCAACUUCAGUGGCAACAAGUGAUUCAUAUACUGUAUAGAGCUUACAACAGUCAUAUUUCUGAAUAGGCGUUCUUUUGAAAAUCCUUACUCUAUGAAAAAAGUUCUAAAAGGUUCAGGGACAAAUGAUAAAGGUUUUUGUGCCAGGAUUUUUAAGGACAUUACCCGGGAACAUUUUUUUUAAAUUUACAAAACAAGUGAUCAAUUGUGGACACAUUUUAAUCGGUCUUAAUUUAAUCAGUGUGCAGUUCACCCUUCCUAAUCUAUCUAUGUGUCCAGGAGUUUUGACUCCUUAUCUACCACAAUAAUAAUGCUAUAAUAAUAUUACAGCACACCUCUUAGUCCAAGAGGAGUGCCAUGUAAUCACAGAAGCUGGGUUUAAUUGAUCCCUUUAUUUAUCUCCCAAAAUGUUUAAUUUACCUUUGAUUUAUAAAGCCCCAGUUUGUUUAAAAAAUAUUUAAUUCCCUAUAACAUAUUAAUCUUUAAAAUAUGUUUUUUCCUGAUUUAUUAUGAAUUAUUUGUUCCCAAGAAGGAUCAUUACAAUCAUUUUCCCAUAGACCUGUGGGAACCAAACAUAACAUUAAAAAAAACAAAAAAACACGGUAACUGAGUUGGCAGAAUGGUGUCCUAUAUAGAGACAUUCUGAAUCACAGCUUGACUUCUCCCUGCACCCAAAGGAUGCUGGGAAAUCUUUCACAAGCGCUCCACUGAAACAUACGACUGCAUACGUCAUUGUACAAACCCAGUAGCCUACCAACAGUAUCUUAAAA